CAGACCACCAGUCAGGCACUGGAAAACAAGAAGAACAGAGAGAGGAAGCGGAAUAAUAUGUGGGAUAUUACCUUAUCAUGGUUGCAUUUUGCGCAAAAGGAGACGCUCUAACGCUAUUGACGUUGCUCUGUUUGACCUUUACUCUGAGGUCAGAUGCGCAAUAUGAAAACUACAAUUUCAAAAAGUUCCCUAAGGAGGAGCUCAUGCCCCUUACCACUGCCUACGGAUUAGCUUUGGAUCAUUAUGCAGCAGAAAAAUGGACGGAGUCGAUCAAAUAUUUGGAAUUGAGUUUGCGAUUGCAUCGGCUCUUCAGAGACAGUGUUAGGUACUGCGUGCUGCACUGUAACAGCAGCAAAUACGAGGAACUUUCCGUCACUGGAAAUAAGGAUCUCCACGUCUACUGGCACGUUAUGAUGAGAUCGUCCUGCCAGAAGAAGUGCAGAAAGCAUUUCCCCGCGCUGCAGCUCCCUCCUCCGAGCAGACACACCUUGGAGGAUUUCAUCAGGAGAACUCCCUACAGAUACCUGUACUUUGCACACUCAAGGCUGAAUGACUUGCAGAGGGCCGUCCCCUGCGCCUACACUUACCUCCAGAAGAACCCAGAAGACCAGGAGAUGCAGCAGCUGAUGGAGGAGCACAAGAGCCAGUACGACCUGAAGGGCUACCUCUUCGACCAUGAAGAACAAGCCUAUGAGGCCUCCUUUCUGAGAGGAGUGAAACUCAUAAAUUCAGGUGACUACAGCAGCGGAGUUAAAGAAAUGGAGGACGCUCUGGUGCUCUACCUCCAAGAGUAUGAGCUCUGUCAGGCAGACUGUGAAGGGAUCAGUCAACUUUCUCCAGACAGUGACUUCUAUGCAGUCAUAGCAGAUAUAUAUGUUGAUGAACUACGCUGUAAGCUGAAGUGCGAGGAGAACUUGAUGCCUAAUGUCGGAGGUUAUUUUGUGGAGAAAUUUGUGGCCACUCUGUACCACUAUCUCCAGUAUGCCUAUUAUAAAUUGAACAAUGGCCGCAGUGCGUUGCCCUGCGCUUACAGCUACUUCCUGUUUGAGCCUGAGGACCAGGUAAUGAAGCAGAACCUCCAGUACUAUGGUGCCUACAGUGAGCAGUGGGGCCUCCAAGAAAAACACUUCACACCCAGGAUGGAGGCUCUCAAACUCUACAACCACACCGUAAUCCAGAAGCAGAUGCUGACCUCUGCACAGAAGUACCAAGAGAUGGAUGAUAGGGAUUUUCUUGGACCAGAGGAAGCGGCACGUUUAGCCUCAGAGUCUCCGGAUGCUGAGUUUGAAGGGAUGGGAGACUAUGAGGAGUCUUUCACUGCUAACUGGAGGCAACCGAAAGGCAAAGGAGAUGCUGGGGAGUCAAGUAUCUGAAGAGAGCUGGGGAAUAAACUUUUGACAGUAUCAAUAUUAACUGUUUUCAUACCAAACUGGAGUCUGAUAAGGUGUCCAACCAAUUAACAAGCCCGCAAAUGAAAGCAUUUUAUCAGCUUGAUUAAAAUACAUGCAGAUUUUAACAAGUGAAUGACCUAUUAAAACUGCAUGCAUGCCUAAAUGCAAGUAUUUACUUUCAGACAGCACAAUCAAAGGUCUUGCAAGGAUUAAUUACUCAGCAACAUUUAAAACAUUAUUAAGUAUAGAACAUUUUUAUAGUUGGUACUUCAAAGCAUGCAGCAUGCACUAUGAAGGAAAUGUCCAUAUGGCAGACUAAGCAUUCAUUUAGUUUGUACCUCAAGUAACAAAAUACUUUACAUUCUUCCAGUUCUCAACUAAAACACCCCCAACAAAUAUUUACAAAUACAACCUGAUAACUAACUAGGAAGAAGUUCAAGCAAGUUGACUCUUCACCACUGUAAAACUGCUGCUAUACAACGUCUUUUAGAAUCACAGAUUGAUAAAUAUACAUAUAAACCUGCAAGAUAACAUAAGUUACAUUUAAAAGUGACUAUAUUUUUAAAGCUGCAUCUUAAAACAGACAUGCGACCAAUGUAACACACAGUAAUUGUUUGUCAGAUAUGUUUUAAUAUGCAUUUUGAUAUACAAUAAUAUGAGUAUUUACAUUAUAAGCUAAUACUGGUUACCUCCCUGGGACUGAACGACGUUGACUUCCAUAUGUGAAUAUAGCGCCAAUAACCUCGUCCAACUUUAAUGUGUGACGGCGGUAAACACAGUGUGACCUGUAAAAGUCUGUCCUUGAGUAUUUGAUUUUAUACAGCAUGUACACGGAUUAAAGAGUGAAAGUAUAACCAAAGGGUUGACAUUUUAAA